AUCACUUUUCCCCUUUUUUUUUGUUGGUGGUAAAUUGCAUACAUCGUUGACUGCAGUUGUCCGUUGACAAAUGGUUUGACUAUAUAUUCAGAGUCGCAAUAUUGCAUGCAUAUCAAACGGAUGAUUUUUCACCCAAAAAUAUGUACAAAAUAGGAUACCAGUAAAUCAGGCGUUUCUUUCAGUUUCGGUAUCUCCAAUAAUCGCCGUUGAUUGAUUCUCAACACACAAAUUUGAAUUUUCUUGCUUCGAAUUGUCCCUCUUCUCUUAGCUUCUCUUUCUCCCUCGUCAAUCGUCAUCCAGUAAUAUUAAUCUUCACUCCAAGAAGCUCCAGAACAACAGCGAUGUCCUCCAAUGGCGAUUUUCAACUUGGCUUCCCAGAUAACAGGGAGAAGCUUGAUGGGUCUGGACUGUUUAAGACUGGGAGUCCACAGGACACCACGAAUCCCAAGUUUAAUGUCCGAAAGAGUUUGGCUUGGGACAGUGCCUUCUUCACAAGUCCAGGGGUGUUGGAGCCUGAGGAGCUGCUUCAGACUAUGAAUUCUCAAACCACAGGCAACGCCAUUAACUUUUUGGGGUAUGAGGAAGCAAUGCUAUUGCCUUCGGAGUCUUUGGAACCCGAAAGAACACGAAGAAUUAACCGGUGUAGUUUUCGUAAAAGUUUAGCUUGGGAUAAUGCCUUUUUCACUUCUGCAGGGGUUUUGGAUCCUGAGGAAUUGUCUAUAGUUAACAGAGGAUUCAAGAAAUCUGAAAAGCAUCAGCUUCCCAGGAUUCAAGAAGUUCUCAGGCCUGCUGAGUCAAUGUCUACAAUUAAUAGUGGAUGCUCCUCUUUGAUGGCAAGCCUUGAGUUCGAACUUUUCGAAGAUAACAGAUCAUCUGCACAGAAACCGACUAGUUUAUCGGGUGUAACAACUUCAAGUCUCAAAUCGAAAAGAGGCAAAGGCCUGCAAAGUGUUCGCUCUUCCAAGAAUCCUGAUGCUUCUCCUCGGAUGAGGAUGAGAGCUAUUAUGUCAACAUCCGAAAGGCAAAGUCUAAAUGCGCGUGGAACGGAGAAGAUUUUAAAGGAGGCUUCUGCUUUCUCACAAAAACAGCGUGCUGCUGGAAGUGGGAAACUGAACUCAUCAACAUCUCGCAAACCGCCAAAGAUAUCUAGCCGGAUUAACCAAUCUUAUACACUUGCAGCGAAAAGGGCUUGUUCGGGUGGAAAUAAUGAAAAAAUGGGAACUGCAUUGGCUGCACCUGGACAAUCUAUGAAUGUGUCAAAAAAACCUUGCUUAAGCGCAUCGUGCAGCAUCACCAAUAGUCUUACACCGCCCACAAAAACAUCUCCAUUCUGUUCUCCCACUACCACACAGAAGUCUCGGGUUUAUAGUUCUCCCUUGUUCAGUAAAUCUCCAUUGUAUUCGAGGAGCAAAAUUGAUUCCUCACUUGUCAAUUCGGCCUCCCGUGGUUUUACCAUGGGAACUCCUUUGAAAUCCACAAAGAAAAACAACGGUGAACUGGAAACUUCUUGGCAGCCUUCAACUCUAUUGUGCACACCAAAGUCGUCCCCUUAUACAUCACCUGCUAGUUCCUUUGAUGGCUGGUCCUCCGCAUCUUCAUCAACGUCUGUGAAUCAAAGAUGGAAGAAGUCUGAGGUCGGUCUGAAUACUUUCAUCGGCGGACAGGCUUCUUUUGAUAGUGAUAUCUCUCAGGAAUCAAUUCUGGAGAGCCAUUCACAGGAUCAACCCUGCAUUGGACAUGGAAAUCAAGCAGCAAUGCUCUUGAAUCCACGCGAUGGAAAUAUGUCAACGGGAAGUAGCCCUAUUCCUAGCAGUGUUUCUAAACAUAUCAAGCCCUCAUGUCUCCGAGCACCAUCACCAAAGAUUGGCUUCUUCGACGAGGAGAGUUCACUGGUGAGAUCAAGUGGAAGUAUGCAGUUUCAUUCCGGUAUACAAAACAACAUAGUGUCUAGAAGUCGAACAGGUAACGGUAACACUAACAGAAAUGGAUCUGAAAAUCAAAAUGGCAACCUUCAAUCUCCUAGAACAUCUGACAAGACGAGGAAUGCGAAGCUUGCAUUGCGGAAAACUGGCUCUCCCUGCCCUACGUUCAGCAUCAGUCCUCGGCGUCCAGCGCACGUUGAAGUUCAAAAUGCUGCAGAAGUUGAGAGUGAUGCUGCAGAAAGCAAGAAUAUGGGGAAGGCCCUCAAGAGGGUGGGCAACCAAGCAACCAAGGAGAAUGAGGAGCCCAACAUGCAUUGUCCUGCAGGAAAUAACAAGGAAAAUAAUGCAUAUUACUUGAAACAACAAUUGGAUUGUUUGGCUAAUAAUGUUGCUGCCGUUGAUCUUGGAUCGUAAUGUUGUGUAGUGAAAAGAGAUGAAGGCAGGGGAUCUAUAACUUUUGUA